AUGAAGGUCGCGGUCGAGGGCUGCUCGCAUGGCGAGCUCGACGCCAUCUACGCCUCGAUCCUCCGCGCAGAGCGCGAGCAGGGCUUCGCCGUCGACGUCGUCCUCCUCUGCGGCGACUUCCAGGCCAUCCGCAACCAUGCCGACCUCCACUGCAUCGCCGUGCCCGAAAAGUACCGCAGCCUCGGCGGCUUCCACCGCUAUUACUCCGGCGAGCUCGUCGCGCCCAUCCUCACCAUCGUCGUCGGCGGAAACCACGAGGCCAGCAACUACCUCUGGGAGCUCUACCACGGCGGGUGGGUCGCACCCAACAUCUACUAUCUCGGCGCUGCGGGUGCCGUAGACGUCGGCGGCCUCACCAUCGCCGGCGCCUCCGGCAUCUUCAAGCAGCCCGACUACAACAAGGGCCGCUUCGAGAGGCUGCCCUACAACAACAAUACCAUCCGCAGCACCUACCACACCCGCAGCUACGAUAUCCACCGCCUCAAGCUGCUCGACCGGCCAGACGUCAUGCUCUCCCACGACUGGCCCAACACCAUCGAGCAGCACGGCGACACCGCGAGUCUCAUCAAGCGCAAGCCCUACUUCAAGUCUGAAAUCAGGACCGAGACGCUCGGCUCGCCGCCGCUCCUCGAGCUCCUCAAGGCCGUCAAGCCGCCCUACUGGUUCUCGGCGCACCUCCAUGUCAAGUUCGCCGCCCUCUACGAUCACGACCGGGCGGGGGCGGCCAACCCGCCCAGCGCGGCCGCAGCGCCGCAAGCACCACCGGGAUCCAAACCCGAGGCCCUUGACGCCAAUUUCCACCUCGAUGACGGCGCCGGAGGCGACAAAGGAACGCCGAAUGACGACGCAAGCGGGGCGCAAUCCGCACCGAAGGGCGCUGCGGAGAACAAGACACGCUUCCUGGCGCUCAGCAAGUGUCUGCCAGGCCACGACUUCCUGCAGUACCUCGACAUCCCCGCACCGGGCGACGACGAGCUGGCGCAACGGAAGCAGAGGUCAUCGACGAAUCGAGCCAUGCCCACAUUCCGCUUCUCGAAGCGCUGGCUCGCCAUCACGCGCGCCCUCCACCCUCAGCUCUCGCUCAGCAUGCGGCAAGCGCCGCUGCCGCCAGUCGACGACGCUGCGCUCCUGCAGAGCAUCGAGAGGGACGAAGCCUGGAUCGAGGCGAAGCUCGCGUCGUUACAAGGGGAGCAGGAUGCAGUGGGACCCAGCGACGAUGGUGAUGCGAAGGCGGUCACGCCGCCAAAGCACCCUCUCGAUGUGCUUCGCGUGCAGCACUUUGUCAGAACAGCACCAGCCCCCUUUGAGCAGGGCGGGCUGCUGACGGGGCAACCGUCCUGGUACACGAAUCCACAGACGGAAGCUCUGUGCCACUUUCUCGAGAUCCCCAACAAGAUCAAUCCACGGCCCACGGGCAUGCACGGUCCCCCGGGCGGCGGCGGGAUAGGCCAGAUACCUUCGCCCGUUCCUCAACGCCUCGACAUGGGACCCGACGGGAGGCCGCGCUUCUUCCCAGCCAUGGCGGGCGGGCUACCAGGUGGGCCGCCGUUUCUGCCCGGGCCCGGGCCGUUUCCGCUCGCCGCGCCUGGCGGACCACCAGGCGGGCCAUUUCUGCCCGGACCGUUUCCGCUCGUCGCUCCUAGUGGCCCACCGCCACCGCCGCCGCCCCUCCAUUGCGCACCCGGGCCUUUCAACCCUUCGUUCAAGAGGUCGUGGGACCACGACGUGGCACCCCCUCCUGUCGGUGCCGGGCCAGGACCGGCUGGGCAGGCAGACACUGCGGAUCCAAACGCCCUCGACAUUGGCGUCGACGACUUCGAUGACGACGACGACGAGCCGGUGGAUGAGACGGCUGAUCCGCCUCCUUUUGCGCUGAACGAGCCUCUGAAGCGAUGGGCAGAGGGGAGCGGCUGA